UUGAAAGAUAUAUCAUUUACUUAAUAUAUAGUGUACAAUUAUUUUAAUCAGUUGCAUUAUAAAGAGAAACAAGGAAAAGAAAAUUUUAAUGGCUGAGAUAUUAAAUGCAACAGUGAUUGUAGAUAAACAUAAAAAUGAAGAAAUUAAAAACUCCUGUAAAGAUAAGCUGCCAAGCUAUUUAGAAUCAGAGACGACCAACGAUAUAGUAUUUACCAACGUAGGAAAUGUACACAGUACACCUGACAAAGAUAAGAUUUUAACGCAAGACUUUAACAAUCCAAUAAAAUAUAUAAACAAAAAUACAAACAGCCCUCAUAAGAACAUAUACCUAUUUAAUCAAAGCUUGUUGAAGAAUUCGUUAUUUAAAAGUCCAGUAUUUAAAAAGUUAAACAAACGUGCGAACUCUGUGGACACAGCUCAAACAGAUAUAUGUUCACAAAGAAAGAGAACAAUUAGUGCAAAUAGUGAUUCUAAUAUCUCCAAAUCAGAAUUAUACAAUACAGAAGACUUUGAGAGUAUUGAUCUGUUACAUGAUUUAGAUUCUGUAAUAAAGUUUGAAAAUUGUAGAGAUACCUUUUUAUCAACGAUAAUGAAUACUACACAAGAUGAUGAAGGGAUGAAUAAGGAUCCAGUGACAGAUCCUCUUUCUAUUAGUGAUUGUGAAAAGAAAGAUACCGAUACACUUGCAGAUUCAUAUUCAAUGUCUCGCAAAAAACGUAGAAUUGAAACAAGAUCACAAUCUCAAAUUAAAAGGCAAAAAUCUGAAUAUCAUUUUAAAAAAGAUAAACAUAAGUUGAAUAUGGAAGAGAAACGUGUUUUAAAAGAGUUGAAUAAUUUUGAAGAAUUUGAAGAAAUGCCAUUAAUUAACAUAAAGAAACUACUAGAACUACAUAUAAAAUUGAUACAUAAAGUACCACCACAACAUAAAAUAGAGCUUUCUGGAUCUCAUGCACCAACAAAGGUAGAGAAAAGAUUAUUUCAGAAAUAUGGACUAAUCCGAAAAGGUUCAUACAGACCUAUAGAGGACAAAAUUAUCAGGAAAAACUGGAAGACAUUCUGCAAGCACCAUGACUGGGAUCCAAAAAAUCCGAUGCCAUUUCUUUAUUGGAGACACAAUGGCAGAUAUUAUAUAAAUGACAUAGAAGAAAGACAAAAAUUCGUUCAAUUUUUGGCAAAUGAAUUACCUUGGCGAACUCUCUACAGUGUUUAUUCUAGAUUUAAAGUAUUAUAUUGUAAUAAAAUCACUUACAGUCGUUAUACUACUAGGGAAGAUAAGAAAAUUUUAACGUACAUAGAAAAUGAACAUCUUGAUAAACGUUAUACCAAAUAUAGUGAAUUAGCAAAAUUACUAAGACGAACUGGCCGGUCGGUUUUUAAACGAUAUCAAUAUCUCAAAAAUCAAACUCUAAAUAAAUCAGAAACGGAACUGCUAGUUGAUGUUAAAUGGACAUUACCACUAAUCAAGAUAUUUAUAAAAACUUUACUUAGUGUGACAGUAAGUAAAGAUAUAAAAGAACUUAAAGAUGCCAAGUUUCCUAAACCAGUGUGGCAAAAAAUGGAGGAAAAACUUAACAUACGCGAGAGUGCUUUAAGAACAUUUUGGCAACACCAGUUACAUCUGCAAUUAUUCAGCAUGGGUCCUAUUUAUUUAAACGACAUUAAGAUACAAUUAAUUGAAUAUAUGUAUUCAAAAGGAAUAUCCAAUACUCGCGAAAUUAUAUGGCCUAAUGUUGCACAACACUUUGACGGAGCAACUGCGGUAUUCCUUUGCAAAGUUUUUUUUUAUCUUGUUCAAGAAUGCAAUAUGACUGAUACGAAUAAUUUCGCCGAUGUUGUGGAACACCUAUAUCAUACUAAGAUUCCUAAAAUUAAAAAUGCAUACACCGAUAAAUUCUUACCUAGAAUUAUCUAUGAAAAUGGAAAAAUUUCUUUGCUAAAUACAGAAACUAGUAACUAGUGAUAUUAAUUCUAUCGGUAGUUGAUUUGUAUAAAAAAAGUUUUGCAGCUUGUACCCAUUGUUUUCCUACUGAACACGGACCCAAAUCAAUUGGCCCAUCUUUCAAUCCAUCU